AUGCUUAAUACAAAUUUUAAUGCUUAUUUUGUACCCCAUCAACUUAUUUAUCCUUAUGGAUACCAAUAUUUGAUUAUGCCAUAAUAAUUCUAGGUUCAAACUUAGCAGCAGUACUAUGCUUAACCUUAGACUUAAAUUUCAGAAAAUAAAUCAUCAAUAGAACCUAAUCAUUCUAUAGAAGCUAUAUAGUACAAAACUUACUCGGAAACCGAAAGCAAACUUGAUUUGACGAGCAACCAAGAAGAAAUUAAAGAGACAAAUAUUCAGAAGAAGAUAAAAAAGAAUAAUCUCUUAAAAAAGUCACAAAAGCCUAAUUACUUGGUUAAAUCUACCAAUAUCCAAAAAAAUUAUGCAAAGGCAAUUGUAUCUUUUGCAUGUCGACAAAGAAAUCUAAUUUAUUAGAUUUUGGGGGAAACAAGAGCCUAAGAGUUCCUGAAAUUAAUGAACCGAUUGAGGAACAAGCUCAGGAAUAUAGCCCACAUUACCAGAUAUACUCACUAAGAGAACUUUUUGUAGAUGUUUAGGAUAUUAGGGUAUUCAUUAUAAUAACGACUUUAGUAAUAACUUUUUGAGAAAAGACUCUGUUAGCUACAUUUAUAAUUCAAAAAUCCAAUAGAAAAGUUGUCAUGUGGCUAACAAGGCUAUAGUUAAGAAUUCUCUACUCAAGUAUUGA